AUGCCGCCACUACUGGUGCUCUUGCUGGUUCUGGUCGUCGGCCCCGUGUACGUUGCCAGACUGUGCGUAUCAUGCCUCACGUGCCCAUGGCCUGCUUUGCGCAGAAGUGCUUUGCAGCGGCUCAACGUAAGCGCACAGGGAACAGACCGGCUCAACACCAGCCACCCCGAAGCCCCUAGUGCCCGCGUGCAGCUGAUUGUGCCGCUCGCAGAUGACCUUCAAGAUGCCGGCGCAGCCCACUAUGUUCUCAACGGCUUCAAUUUGUCCAUGCAUUGCAACGCAUCUUGUGGGCCCUGUAAUUCCAACGGUGAUUGGAUCACAGACUUUAAUCUCACCCUCGGGCCUUGCCCACGAGCUUCCCUGCAAGCAAGCGCCGCUGCAGCCCCUUGGUGUGCCCACCUCGCAGUGACGCGCGGCUGGACACCCUCUCAUGGGGGAGGCAAGGCUCUAAAUGACUGCAUGGACUAUCGAUGCACGGUGGACGUCCUGCGCCUGCCGCCUGCGCUCAUAGUGGCCAGCGUGUCGGCCCAACGUCAACGUUCCCUGUUUGCGCCCAUUAACGUGACAACGCAUUCUGUCCCCCUUGUGCCCGGCCUCUGCGCUCCCGACCCCUGCCCCACUGCAUUCCGGUCGCUUACUUGGCAGCUGACUAGCAAUCAGUACCCCAAUCGUGGCCGUUAUCUUGAGCGCUUGGUCUUUGCUGUCGCACCCGUCGAAGCUGCGCCCACCCCCAACACAAGCCUGCACGUAUUGGCCGGUCUCACCAGCCCUGCGCUGACCACCUAUCCCAGCAACUACACCAUGACAUACACCAUCGACGUCCUGCAGCUCGGCGCGCAGCCCGUGCCAAACUCGAUCGCACCGCCCCUGGCUGCCACCUGGGUCGUCAAUGGCACCGUCUGCAAAAAUGACCCUCUCUCGGGAUUUGAGUGCGCAGCGCAUGGACUCUCCCCACAAUUGAACACCAUGGUUCCUCUUCCGUCGAGCGAUCAGCAUGGCCUGUUUGCAUGGGCUCUUUAG